UUUCAGUAUUAAUUAAAAUGAGAUUUUAUUUUCCUAUUUUACGCAAUUUUGAAUGUUUAGCAAUUCAUGAAUUCAAACAACAAUAAAAAAAAUUUACGAUUCCGAUAUGUGCAACUAUAAAUGGUUUUACGGCUGCUCGAGCGAAGAAUUCUUAAAAAUGGAAUUAAACUUAAUUAUUGUGUAUGCGAUAACGCAUUUUGCUAUUUUAACACCAUUCUCGGCAUCGCUGCCGAUGUUUUCUGGUAAAGUAAAACUCAAAGAGGUUCCCUACAUAGCAGCCAUACACGAAAACGAUACGUUUUUAUGUUCAGCGACAAUCGUUGAUGCCGAAUGGAUUCUAGCUCCAUCAGGUUGUGUGCGCGAUAACAAGCCUUAUCUUGUAUCGACAGGAUUAAAUUCGUUUAAAAAAUUUGCCACAUUCGAACAAACUGUAGCCGUGAAAAACGUAUUUUUCAUGGAUUCCGAAAAAGAGGGAGAAACUAUUGCAGUUGUUCAAGUGGAUGAAGCAUUUAGUUUUAACGAAAAUGUCAGCGCGAUUCCUAUUGUGAACGACGAGGAUAUCGAGGUCUUGCUCGAAAAUAAUGUCGAACUUUUUAUAGGAGGAUGGGGCCCGCCUAACGGGAACAAAGUACGGAAUUUGGAGAGAGCGCAAGUAAAAAUGGUGGAUCAAAAACUUUGCAGUUCAAAAAUGAUCUAUCGUUUUACUGAGGCACUUAACAUUUGUUUCUAUAUCAAAAUGAGAGAUUUAUUGUAUACAUACUAUGGAGGACCGCUCGUUGUAGGAAAUCAUUUGAUUGCUAUUAAUCUCAGAACCAAAAAUUAUGUUGGAUUAUAUUCCAUCUAUACUAAAGUUCAUGGCGUUUUUAAGAGCUUUAUAGACACCCAUGUUUUACACUUGACGACUGAAAGUAGUGAAUCUUCGAUUGCUCCAUCAGAUUAUUCAUCAACUAUUACCGAUGAAGCUGAUAUUGUGACUAGUACUCUUGCUGAUACACGUACAUCUACUCUAUUUACUACUACUACUGCUGGUACUACUGAAGCUGCUACAACUAUUGCUGAUACUUCUACUAAUGCUUUGGUUUCUGAAAAUCCUGUUGACACUUCUUCUCAAUUACUUGAUGAAGCUUCUUCUGCUGCCUCAACGACACCUAAAGGAGUAAUUACAACUGCUAAUAUAGACUCUCUUAUUUCUGGUAAUAAUGCGUGGUUGGAAAUACUUGAAUGGGUAAAACUAGUAUUUAGCGCGUUGAUAAAAGAAGAAUAAUCAUGAAAUUUUAAUUUGGUUUAAUUUGGAAAAUUUAGAAUAUUUUAAGCAAAGCAGAGCAUUCAAAUUGUAACUGUGAAAUAAAAAUUAUUCUUUAUUUUAAUUUUGAAAUAAACCUAAACGAAAAUAUUAUGUUGUGUAAUUUUUUUGUUUCUUGUUUUAGUUUGCGCGACAAGGCUAAACCAAACAUUAGGAUUUAAAGAAAGUGUGAAUAUUUGUUUCGUAGCAAAAGAUAGAGAACGAAAAGUAACAUAUUAUGGAGGACCCUUUUUCGUAGAUAAUCGUCUAAUAGCUAUUAAUCUACUACCGAAAAACCAUAUUGGUCUGUAUAUCAAGUACACGAAAGUUAGUGAUGUGUCAAAAAAAUUAAGCGAUCUUGCUCCGAAACCAAAUAUUAUUUCUACUUUAACUACAACGGCUAUUUCUACAACAACUCCUAUUACUACUGAAAUUCUCUCUUCUACUUCCACUACUGAAAUUCCUACUACUACUAAAAUUCUUACUACUACUGAAAUUCAUACUACUACUGAAAUUCCUACUACUACUGAAAUUCCUACCACUACUGAAAUUCCUACUACUACUAAAAUUCAUACUACUACUGAAAUUCCUACUACUACUGAAAUUCCUACUACUACUGAAAUACUUACUACUACUAAAAUUCCUACAACUACUAAAAUUCAUACUACUACUGAAAUUCCUACUACUACUGAAAUUCCUACUACUACUGAAAUUCCUACUACUACUGAAAUUCUUACUACUACUGAAAUUCCUACUACAACUCCUACUACUACUCCCACUAUAACUAGUACUCCUGCUACUACAACUACUGCUGCUACCACUACAACUCCUACUACAACUACAACUCCCACCACAACUACUGCUUCUACUACAACUACUACUCCUACUACCACUACAACUCCUACUACUAUUAAAACUAGUAUUACUACAACUACUCGUAAGGUCAUUCCUGCUACUGUAGUAUCUUAUGUUAACGUAAAAACUAAAGACAAAACGUCUACUUUAUCUACUACCACAACUACUCGUCCAACUAGUCCUGCUAUUGAAAGUAUAAAACAAUCCGAGCCGAGUUGGUGGCUACAUCAUGCUGUUAAUUCAGUAUUUAAAC